AUGGAUCCACCUCCCCAACAUAGACACCAAAUACGUCCUAAUUGUUUUGGACUUAUUCAAGGCCUAUGUAGGCAGCGGGGGAGUAAGGUGGGGGGUUGUAGUAUAGGAUCCCGUGAUGGAGGAUCCCGUGAUGGAAUUCCGGUGCAGGUGCUUUCUGCCGUGGAGGUGGAUUCUGGCCAUCCGAAUGCGGGAGCGACAGGGCACAACAUUGCCUCACCCGACAUUGCCGCAGCCUGGAGGGAAGUCCAGCAUUUGGUAGCGGAAGGCCUUCUGCGCCGAGUCCCUGAAGACAUGCUGGCAGAAACAGAGGAGCGCAUGAAGUACGCUCAAUCGCAGCUGCGCCUGGGCCUGCGCGCUGAUUCAAUGAGGCUUCACAAUGGAAAAGUCGCUGUUGGUGGCACCCUGCGCGGCGUUGGCAAUGAGCCCUCUCCAAUCAAAGCCUCAGCUGACGUGGUGAUCCUGGCCAUGCCUGCCCCUGAUGCCCUGCAACUCUUGCCAGACCUGCCAGACCAUAUUGCCAGCACGAUGUCUCGCAUCGAGUACGACAGCCGCACGGCCAUUGCCAUCAGCUUUGAUUCUGCCUUGCAGGAUGCGAUUGUUCGAAGGUUUGACGGGCUUGCGGAAGUGGCCUUGGAUGUACAAGCGCCGCAUGAAUUGCAUUUGGUGUCAUGGCAAAACAUGAAGGACCACAGCCAAGCUGCCCACGGAGAACCAGUUCGUCUUGUGGUUCAUUCUGCAGCCGGCACUUUGCUCUCUGACGGCCGGGCUUCGGCCUUGCGUGCGCUAAGCGGAAUGCUCGGGCUGUCGCCCACCUUGCUGGAAGGCCUUGUGCUCGACUGCAAGGUUGUGCAGUGGCAGGUUUGCCAGAUGGUGCGCCCCUUGGAAAGUGUUCCAACUUCGCUGCAGCUCCCUGAGCCAGCUCUUGCUCAUGGGCCCAUCAUCAUUGCUGGCGAUUUCUGGUGCCAAAGCAGCUUCCUGGGAUGUUUCUGUUCGGCCAGCGCGGCUGUGCGCCAGGCACUCGCUAUCCUUCGACCAACUUGA